GGCAUUUAGGAAAACAAACAAGGUAACAAGCUGGAGAAAGUAGCGGAGCAAAACAUGUGCUCUCCCAAACUUUAAAAAAUUUCAGCAUAAUGUCUGUGCUGUUGUCAGUGCUGGUCGCUGUGCUUGCUGCAUACAUACUGAUUUAUUACAGCCUGUUUAAAGGAGCCAGAUUCAACAGCAACGUGACUUUAAAGGGAAAAACAACAAUUGUCACAGGUCUUAUAGCAUUAGGCAGAACUGAAGAUGUUUUUGGCAUGGCGUUCGGCGUCAACAACCUGGGCCACUUUUUGCUGACGCUGUUGAUGUUGGAUCAUCUUAAGCAAGCAGAGUUCAGCCGCGUGGUCAAUGUGUCCACCCUGCUGCAUAGGCUGGGAUCUGUGGAUUUCAACCUCCUCAACACGCAGAAGGAUGUGGUCAUAGGUCAGUUGUCCUGGCACGCGUUCAGAGCCUAUGCCACAGCAAACUGUGUAAUGUGCUCUUUAUCCAUGAACUCCAAACUGCCUGGAAGUGUCACUUGCUAUUCCCUGCAUCCAGGUGUUAUCGCAGCUGAGAUCGGUCGAGUGUGAGCUUCUGAAGUUCUUCAUAUAUUGUCUCUCCCUGUGUUACAGGCGUAUGCAUAGAUGAGGUAGCUUUUGUAUUUGGUAUAUAAUGCUUUAAAAAAAUAUUGCUGGUUCAACACAAUAUAUGUAAAUUAUGGUAUAUUUAUAUAUUUAAUUUCUAAUACAAUAAGCUGUUCAUUAUUUUUUG